AUGUGGUUGCCAUAACUUGUGGUAUUAUUUACAUUUAUAUAAACACCUUACAAACUAGAAUCUCUUGGCUGCCUGUAUUGCUGUCUCGAAGAUUACGUGGUAUGCGGCGAAGAGUUAGACUGCAAGCCAGGCAUCGACAGCAAAGUAGUGCUAUUCUGUGCCAUUUUAGCAGGACUGUUCUUCAUCAUGUUCUUGUAUUGUCUAGUUUGCUACACUUGCGUGGGCCGUAGAUACAGAAGGAUGUUUGUGGAGACUGUGUUCCAUAGAGAUCACCAGCUUAAACAGAUGGAAAAGCAGUAAGGGUUGGUGAUGGGCGCAAGUGUGCCUAAGAAUAUCCCAGUAAAGAUAGCUGACAUUGAAGAGGACAGUGAUGAUGGCGACUAUGCUUUUGAAAAACUUAUUAAAAAGGAUAUAGUACCCACUAGUGCUGCUCCCUCUUAAGAAAUAGUCACGCAUGAUUUCACUAAGCCAGGAGUCCUCUAGGCAUAUCAGUCCCAGUAAAAAGAGGUGCUUUUGAAGAUGAAAAAUGAAGAGUCGAGAAGUAAGGCUUAGAAUCAAGCAAGCAGUGCUUAAGUGCAAAAGGCAAGUAGUGGAAAGUAAUAAGCGCAUAUGCCUAGAAAUAAAUUAGAAGACGAGGAUAGGAAGUUGGCAAUGUAGAUGCAAGAGGAGGAGUCUAGAAGAAUGCUUGAAUUAAAUGAUAUAAGUUUAGAUGUGAGUGGGGUUAAAAACCAAAGUAGAAGUCACAUAGAUUUGAAGUCGCAGUAGCUGUCCCAGUUAAAUAAGAAAUAGGGAGAUGAUGAGGACCCUAUGGGUGAUAGUUUAGACGAAGUUGAUUGA